AUGACUCCGGUUCCCACUCCACGACUCCCACUCCCUGACUACGACAACACGACUCCAGCUCCACGGCUCCCACUCCCCGACUCCACGGAUCCGACUCCACAAUUCCGACUCCUAGACUACGACUCCGACUCCGACUCCACGACUCCGACUCCACGACUCCGACUCCACGACUCCGACUCCACGACUCCGACUCCACGACUCCGACUCCACGACUCCGACUCCACGACUCCGACUCCGACAACACGACUUUACGACUCUGACUCCAACUCCCACUCCACGACUCCCACUCCCCGACUCCUACUCCACGCAUCCGACCCAACGACUCCGACUCCAUGCAUCCGACUCCACGACUCUGACUCCACGACUCCGACAACACGACUCCGACAACACGACUUCACGACUCCGACAACACGACUUCACGACUUCGACAACACAACUUCACGACUCCGACAACACGACUUCACGACUCCGACUUCAACUCCACGACUCCCACUCCAUGACUCCGACUCCACGACUCCGACUCCACGCCUCCGAUUCCACGCAUCCGACUGUGCAGCCCCGGUCUUCUUUAAGGCAGAAGCCUACGAAAGAUAA